CAUCUCCCCCCAGUUCAAAAGACAGGAGUAAUCGUGACAUUUGCCGGUGUCUCGAGUUCCUUGGGGUUUUCAUUUGUGCUAAAGGAAAAAUAACUACGGUCUUUUUCAUGAUAACAUUGGUGUUUUAACGAUGGAUUGGAGCAAAACUCUGAAGUGCCUUUUUGAAACCGGCGUUUAUUCCGAUGUACUACUGUAUGUGCACGGUGGCGUGAACUCAAAGAUAUUUAAGUACUUUUUGGCACCGUCUGUAAUCCGUCUGUAAUCCAUCUGUAAUCCAGAUGAUUAUGGCACACAGGACUAUUUUACAGGUCGGAAGUGAAGUUUUAAAUAGCACCAUAAAAAAAAAUGUAACAAACAUUAUAGAUAUACAUGCAGAUCCAACAAUAUUCCAUGGGUUCCUAGAGAUUUUAUACUGUGAAAAGACUGAAUUUCAAUCUUUGAGUCAUGCACUUGAGAUUUUACAGCUGGGACAAAAGUACAAAAGCAAGCAUGUUAAGUCCAUAUGUUUGUCCUACAUAAAAGCCCAAUUGGAACUUAAAUUUAUCUGCGACAUAUUGCAACUGAGCUACCAGCAUGAUUUGAAAGAAUUACAAGAUGCAUGCAUCGAGCAUAUAACGGAGAACAUGGACGAGUUUUUCAAAAUAGUGAACCUGGAAGAUAUUAAAAUAGAAACAAUACAGUUGAUAUUAGAUCAACAGAAUAUCAGUAUAAAUGAAUAUCAAUUGUUCAAACAUAUUAAAUCUUGGAUCCAUACAAGAGUUAACAUUGAUGGGGAAUCAGUAUUGGGAGAGAUUAAGGCAAAUAUCAUUCCUAAAUUCUGUUUCCUUGAUAUGAGCACAAAUCAGUUUGUUGAAGGCCCUUAUUACAGUGGGCUGUUAACGGAAGAACAAUCUUUAUUUCUUAUGUCACAACUGAUCUCCAAAAAGUGCGUCAUGCCGACGCCCGCUGGAAUAACAACUGCAACAAGGAAUAACUCAAUUGCUGAUAAAUCAGCAGUCCAGCAAUUUAUAUUUGAUAAUUUAAUAAUUUCCGUAAAAAAAUCCCAAAGAAUGAUGUUCCAGGUGGAUAAAUCUAUAGAUAUACUCUCUAUUAUGGUAUUCACAAGGAGCGAUGGUUCUGGCCAAUAUAAAGGCACAAUAAAAGCGUCCAUCGGAUUAGAAGGCAGUGAUGUAAAAUUAUACGGAACGUGUUGUGAAACCAUGAAUUAUGACUCCGUUCAUAUUCUCGAUUUUGAUUGCGCUGUCAAAAUACAAGAAGGGUUGAAAUAUGAAUUGGAGUUGAUGUUGGAAUGUGGAAAAUACAAGUUUUGGAAUGUGGAAAACUUUUCUGGCACAAAAGGCCAAGUUAAAUUCUCAUUUUUUAAAGCAUCGAAAACAAGCACUUGUUAUAUUCCAUUAUCUUCAAUUCGUUAUACUGUUUAAUCUACAGGAACUUUUAAUUGUGAUAUAAAUUAUUUGUUAUGUUUCAUUUAGUGUAGUUAAACUGUUCAUAUUCUAUAUGGUGUCACUUUAAACCCACACAAUUUUAUAAAUUAUUAUUGUUAAAUAUUGGUU